AUGUCGCCUCCACCUCCUCGCCACGACAACGGCGUUGCCCAGGCUUCGACGUCGGCGCUGCCUGAUGGCCUCGCACCCCAGCUCGCACACUAUCGACAGGGCAUGAGGAGGAGAGAGGUGACUGACCCCACCUGGAGCUCCGAACGCGAGGUACACGACGACGAUGACGACGACGAGGACCACGCCGGCGGCUCAGAGGUGGCACAACCCCCUGCCGCCGCCGACGACAGUCCCUCGGCUUCCGACGACGAGCAGCAGCCUGAGCGCAGCCGCUCCCGCUCCCCCUCGCCUGUGCCGCAGCAAGCACAAGAGCAGCCCCCCGCCGAGCAAUCAGGCGCACCCAACUUUGACCCCUACCACCCCGCCGACGCACCGCAGCCCAACCAGCAGGAGAACGACAACGCCAACCUCGCCAUCUGCCGCAUCUGCCUCGAGGGUCCCGGUGACAGCGCCGACGACGGCGAGUCGCUUGGACGCCUCCUCAGCCCUUGCAAGUGCAAGGGGACGAUGAAGUACGUCCAUGCGACCUGCCUCGACCGCUGGCGUGCCCUCUCGGCACGCUCGUCGUCGGUCGUCUCGUGCGACCAGUGCGGCGCGCCCUACCGCUUCCGCAAGAGCCCCUUUGUCGGUCUGGCCACCUCGCCCUCGCUCCUCUUUGCCCUCAGCGUCUUUCUCUUUGUCGCCCUCAUCUGGACCACGGGCGCCGUCGCCAGCCUCGUCCUGUCCCACUUUGACACGGGCCUCGUCGACCCGGCCACGUCGGCCGUCAUCAGGUCGACGCAGGCUGGCGGCGCCGGCCCAAGUGGAGGCGCGGGCGGCCUGCUCGAUUGGCUCGACCAGAUGGACCCGGACGACGAGGUGCAGACCGUCGACUGGGAGGUGGACCGCGACUACGGCUACUCGGGUCUCUGGUUUGAGCCGGUGGCCUACGUCCAGCUGAUCCGCGAUGCCGUCAGGCAGUUUACCUCGGGCGAGGUCGCAUCGGCCGUACAGGGGCUCGUCGCACACGGCGGCGGCCUGGCCGGCGACGGCCUCGCGAGCGACGACGACGACAACGACGGUAGCGGCAGCGGCAGCGAUGACGGCCGAGGGGCGGGCGCAGGGGAAGAGCACCAGUCGUUCUGGUCGGCCCUCAAGUGGGAGUGGACGUACGGCAAAGACGGCCUCUGGGCCGGUCAGCACGCCUCUUCCUCUGCCGACUCGGCCGGCGCGGCGACGGCCAGCGGCAAGAGAGACUCGGUCGACCCGACGCUGCCUUGUUGCGACAGGGAUCGCGCGGCUGCACCGAUGGCGGCGAUCAGUGGCGAGGGCGAGCCCGGGGCGGCGCGCAGCCAGGGCGGACCCAUCACUGCGACGACGUCGCCGGUCGACAGCGAAGAGGGCAAGACGACGGGCGCGACGAGCGGGGAGCGGCAGAAGACGACGUCGUCGAGCCGGGCGGAGCAGGACAAGAAACGGACCGCUGCGGCCGCGAGGAGCGAGUCGAGGACGAAGAAGAAGCACAAGGAGAAGAAGAGGAGCAGCGCCGGCGGCGGCGGCGGCAGCAAGGCCAGGUCGAAUCCUCGCGCCUCUCGACGCAAACAGCGGCGGGCCGACGAGGUCGUGGAGCGAGGACCGGGAUGGAUCGACCGCAUCCUGCUGCAGUUCUCGCUGGGCUUCAGUCUGGUCGGCAUCGUAUCCUUUGUCAAUCUGCUGCUGGGCUUCACGUUUCUGGGACCGCUGAACCUCAACCUCGGACUAGGGCGCACAUUCGCCCGUCUCACCGGCGGAGGAAGACGGGGACGACGUCCCACUGCGGCGGGAGGAGGAGGGGGUGAGGAAGGGGUGAAUCUCGCUUCGAUCCUCGUCGUCCUCCUCGUCCUCAUCGGCAUCAUCCGAGCCCUCCUGCUCGUCUACAAGGCCGUCCGAUCCGUGGCGCGCAGCAUGCUCAGUAGGCUCGAAGAGGUCGUUGUGGAUCGCUACGGUGAGGAUGAGGAGGUGCUGCAACAGGCGCAGGACGACGAGGUGCACAGACAGAGACAGCACAGGUUGGCUUGGCUCGUCGCUAGAGCUGGCGAUUGA